UUUCUACUGGCACUGAGCGUCCAAAAUGGCGCCGGUCGCGCGGCGUCCGUGCCUGUAAACUCGUGAAAAGUUGAAAAUAGGAAUGCAUGCCUCAAUUUCCACUACCACGGCUUCAUCUACAACUCUUCUGCUGUGACCAGCGAUUUGUAGUCGCCCACCAUGGCUGCCAACAUGUACCGUGUUGGAGACUAUGUCUUCUUCGAGACUUCGUCCACUGCUCCCUUUCAAAUCAGGAGGAUCGAGGAACUUGUUAAAACUGCCAACGGGAAUGUGGAGGCCAAGGUGAUGUGCUAUUACCGCCGGCGGGAUCUGUCGCUAGAGAAGCCAUUAGUGGGCGCCCUCGAGGAAGAGCAAGAGCGAGAGGCUGAGCAGCUGACAGAGAAGGAGCGUCACCAGCUCCGCCACCGCGAGCUGUUCCUGUCACGACAGGUGGAGACUCUGCCAGCCACCCACAUCCGGGGCAAAUGCUCUGUCACCCUGCUCAACGAGACCGAGUCGUUGCUCUCUUACCUCAACAAGGAGGAUGCCUUCUUCUACGCCCUCGUCUACGACCCCCAGCAGAAGAGUUUGCUGGCCGACAGAGGUGAAAUCCGCGUGGGCCAGCGCUACCAGGCAGAAGUGCCUCCCUGGACAGGGCUGCCCGCUGAAACAGGCGAAGGGGCUGACGACAGAGACAGUGCUCAGCUAGAGACGCUGGUGUACAUCCCGUCACACGGUCUCUCCGACCGGCAGCUGGACCAGUUCCUCAUCGUGUGCCGGUCAGUGGGCACAUUUGCACGUGCCCUCGACUGCUCGAGCUCCGUGAAGCAGCCCAGCCUCCACAUGAGUGCGGCGGCGGCCUCACGAGACGUGACGCUGCUGCACGCCAUGGAGCUGCUGCAUCGCACGGGCUACGACCUGGCGCGGGCGGUGGCGGCCCUGGUGCCUCCUGGCGGGCCCGUGCUCUGCCGCGAUGAGAUGGAGGAGUGGUCGGCCUCAGAGGCCAACCUCUUUGAGGAGGCCCUUGAGAAGUACGGCAAGGACUUUGCAGACAUCCGCCAGGACUUUCUGCCCUGGAAGAGCCUCAAGAACAUUGUCGAGUACUACUACAUGUGGAAGACCACCGACCGAUACGUGCAGCAGAAGCGAGUGAAGGCCGUUGAAGCUGAGAGCAAGCUCAAGCAGGUCUACAUCCCAAACUACAACAACAAAGCUACGGGUGUCCUUGGAGGACCCGAAGGAGCCACAGCUGGCGGCCGCCCCUGCGAGAGCUGCUACACCAUGAACUCGGCCCAAUGGUAUGCGUGGGGACCUGCACACAUGCAGUGCCGUCUGUGCCAGUCCUGCUGGACCUACUGGAAGAAGUUUGGCGGCCUCAAAUAUCCCACCAGACUGGAGUCAGCAGAUGUGCUUGGCUCGGAACGGCUGCCUGCUGGCAUGGCGUCGCACCGACCGCAUCGGUGCACCGUGACCGGAUGUGGAAAGGAAUUCAAGCUGAAGGCUCACCUGGCGCGCCACUGCGCCACAGCCCACGGCCUGGCGCUGCGUGCUGGCAGCCCGCGGCCCGUGGUCAAGACGCGCGCCGCCUUCUACUUGUGCACCACCGCGCUGACACGCAUGGCACGGCGGCUGGCAGGCCCAGCAGCGCUGCGGCCCCGCCAUGCUGCCCGCAAUCCAUUUUUGCCAGUGAAUGCCGCGGCAAUCCGGCUUGAGGUGCAGGGCAAGCUGGACCCAGCCGUGCUGGCAGCUACGCCGUCUGCAGCGGCUGCAGCGGCUGCCGCACUGGCUGCUGCCCGCCGCCGUCCUCGCGAGCGCGGUGCUGUGGUAGACGUGUCGCACCGGCUGGGCACGCCCAAUUUGCCACGGCCCGAGUGGUUGCACCCGACGCCGCGUGAACAGAUUCCAACGCCCGCACGCCACGCAUUCCCUCCGCCGGCUGAGCGGCCUCCUCCACUGCUACUUCACCACCAGCCACCGCCGCAGCAGCAGCGUAAGCGACCUGCCCCAGAGCAGGCCACUGGCCCACCGGGCGGACCCAGGCGCCGGCUGGGACCACCCCCUCCUACAGUGCCCUUGAAUGGAGGCCGACCCAAGGUUGCCACCAUCACGCGGCUGGGCGGCGGCCGCAAGCACCUCAUUUCAUGGGUGGACGCGCCUGACGACCUGUACUUUGUCGCCACUGAAGCCACCAGGCGUCUUCGGCGGCAGCUGAGUACGGCCGAGCUACGGCGCUGGGCCCGGCAGCCUUGCCGCAGCCGUGCACCGCCAGACCAAAUUGUCAUCCUGGACUGAGCUAGCGCAGGCUGCACGGGUGCCGCUCUUCAGGGCAGCUGAAGGCCUGGCGGAAUGGGGCCCACUCGCGAAGCGCCAGGUUCACCCUGCGUCGAGACACAACUUGGUGGUGGCGGAAGACUAUGCGUGGGUGCACGUGUGCCAAGAGAGGAACUGCUUGUGUGCUGUUCUCACCUGUCCCUGGCUCGUGGUCCUUCUUCUCCCUCAGCACACAUGCCCUGCGUACGCGCCACAGUUUAGGGCUCGUUAACACUGGCAGCGGAGGAAGCGGAACCGUGAAGCAUGGCUUUCAAAGUGCCAGCACUGCCAGUGAAUGAACGGCGCCUUCUUGACGCGUAACUGCGGAGUCGCGCACGUGCGGAAGGAACGAGACUGGUAGAACAAAGUUUACUGGCAUUAAAAUCUUUGAACCUCGAGCAAGCAUAGUUAUCGCCAUCUGCUUUCGAGAGGUUCCGCAACACGGUUCUGCUUCCACCAGUGUAACGCACCAUAGGCACUCACCGUGGCGAAAGCAAGUGAGAAGAGCUGGUCAGCUGACGCGUGCGGCAGUGCAGCUAGUUGGAGACCAGGGCUGCCCUGCUGCCGCUGCUUGUACAGCUGCAUGUGCAUUUUUUUAUUGUUAUUUCUGGUGGCCAGUAAAAACAUGCAGGACUGUUGUCUAAGA